CACCGUUGAGUAGAUAGAUUGUCUCUUCUUGUAACACCGUGUUGUGCGUCCCUUUAAUUACCAGUACUCAAGAGUAAGGACCAACAGCUUUUUUGUUGGAAGGCUCACGCUCGUUCACUGUAUUCCUCUGGAAAGAGUGUUGCGAUGUUGAAAGGCGCUGUCAAGCUGCCUGUCCAAGUGCAAAAGCGGCGUAAAGCGCGCAAGAAAGUUCCCGGAGCAACGACCCAGGACAGUAGAGAUAAGUCAUAUCUGGAGGACUCUUACAGCAGCGGCGCAGAGGACUACUCUGACUCGGAGGAUGAAGGCACGGAGGGUUACAAGAAAGGUGGCUAUCACCCCGUAAGCGUUGGCGAGAAGUACAAGCAGGGUAGAUACACCGUGCUCAAAAAGCUGGGCUGGGGCCACUUUUCCACGGUGUGGCUCGUCCAUGACGCCGAAUCCGGCGAUUACCGGGCGCUCAAGGUCCAGAAGAGUGCUCAGCACUACACGGAGGCCGCGCGCGAUGAGAUCACCCUGUUGUCGCAGCUGCGGGACAGCGACCCGAACAACGAAAAGAACUGCGUGCGCCUGUACGAUAGCUUUGAGCACUCUGGCCCCAACGGCCGGCACGUGUGCCUCGUGUUCGAGGUGCUGGGUGACAACCUGCUAGCCCUCAUUAAGCGGUUCGACUACAAGGGCAUUCCCAUCCCCAUUGUCCGGAACCUUGCCAAGCAAAUGCUCGUGGCGUUGGACUACAUGCACAGUUCCUGCCAGAUCAUCCACACCGACUUCAAGCCCGAGAACGUGAUGCUCGUGGAGCCGCUCCGGGACCGCACCUGGGUCAUCCCUGACCCCACGCAGCCGCAGCCUGCACCAGCACCGCAGCCCGCGCGUGCCGCUCCGGCUGCAUGCGCUGCUGGGCCCACAGCUAGCGCGCCCGCAGCCAGCGCACCCACAGCCAGCGGGGAGGCGCUCACACGCAACCAGAAGAAGAAGCUGAAGAAGAAGCUUAAAAAAGCGGCCGCGAAGAAGCCCGACCAGGCUGACUCGGCUGCGGCAGACGGCGACGGCGAUGACGGCAGUGACGUUGAGGAGUCGACCAGCUGCGUUACGGGCAUGACCUCAGAAGCAGGCGGCGAGAGCGUGUCUUGCGGCGUUGUUGCCCAGGCCGCCGAGCCUGGGGCGGACCAGCAGAGCGCCGACGCUGAUGCGGAGCGCCUGGCGAGCGGGGCGGACACCACGACGUCCGGGGUGAACGGGGGGCCUAAGCAGCUCGUCAUCACGCGGCCUGGGCUGACGGUGGAGCAGAUGCACACGGCGGCGUGCAAGGUGGUGGACUUUGGGAACGCGUGCUGGACGUACAAGCAGUUCACGACUGACGUGCAGACGAGGCAGUACCGGUGUCCGGAGGUCAUCUUGGGCGCCAAGUACUCCACGCCGGCGGACAUGUGGUCUCUCGCGUGCGUCAUCUUCGAGCUGGUCACGGGCGACCUGCUGUUCGACCCGCGCAGCGGCGACAAGUGGGACCGCGACGAGGACCACCUGGCGCUGUUCAUAGAGCUGCUGGGGCGCAUGCCGCGGAAGGUGUACGAGAAGGGCAAGUACUCCCGCGACUACUUCAACCGCAACGGCGAGCUGCGCCACAUCAAGAAGCUGCGCAUGUGGUCGCUGGACCGGGUGCUGGUGGAGAAGUACAAGCUGUCGGAGGAGGAGGCUGCGGGGCUUACCUCGUUCAUGCUGCCCAUGCUGCGGUUCGUGCCGGAGGAGCGCGCCUCCGCCGCGGAGAUGCUCAACCACCCCUGGCUGCGGGGCGAGCUCGCGCCGCAGGAGCAGGGGCAGGCCGACACGGCUGCGCGGCAGGACAAGCGGAGCGGCAGCGACUCCUCGCGCUCGAGGUCAGCCUCGCCGUCCGACCGCGACCGGCGCCAGUCGUCAAGGUCGACCUCCGGGGACCUGGCGGAGCGGCACAUCGAGCUGGUGGAGGUGGACGACGCUGUGCUUGUGACGGCCAAGCCCCUCGCCGGCGCAUAACUGUGCAAUGUUACGUGUGUCUCUGAGCGUUGUUAUGAUUCUUAUUGGCAGAGGGUGGCACUUACUGGAGAGUGGAUGCGCCUUGUGCGUGCGAACAUGGUUUUCGUGAUACUCGUGAGUGCGGAUUGAGAUAAUGUACUGGGAUGUUCGGCGUUGGCUCCGGAGCCGCCUGAUGGCUGAUCCAGCGUGUAAGCUUGCACCUGCCUUGCUAUACACAGAGGGGAAGGUGUUGCACUCCUUCAAAUAUGUCAGGAACCAUUCAGAGAAGCAAGUCUGCGGCUCCAGUAGCCGGUUGCAGGCGACUUGGCCGGCGUGCAGUGCGGAUCGCCUGCCAUGCCCACCCGAAGUCACAUGAAAAUUCUCCGUCAUGGUUCAUCCGCAAGGGCCUCGCGGCGGGUCUUGCCGGAGUUAUUCUGGGUACCUCUCAGUUUGGCCUCGAUGCGGGUGCCACAACUUCCCUGACGGAGGUACAAAAUGCAAAGGCGGAGGAGUUUGCGCGCAUCGUGCGCGAACGUUCCGGAAAACCGCUGCCCCGGGUCGAAGCAUCUCCCACUGCGCAAGCGGCUCGUGAGGAGGCCCUCCGCGCUGCCUCCGAGCGCGCAUCCUCUUCCGCCGACGCAGAUAUGCUACGCGAGCAACUUCGCACUCUAAACGACGCCCUCAAGCGCGAGCAGGCGGAGCGGGAGCGCCUUCUCUUGCUCCAGGGGCAGCAGCUGCAGCAGCAGCAGCCUCCAGCUAGCGACACCGCUGCUGCCGCCUCCGCUGCAGCGGCAGCCGCCGCCGAGGCGCAGCAGCAGCAGCAGCUGGCGGCGCUGCAGCAACAGCUUGCGGAGGCUCAGCGCAGCGCUGCUGCCUCCGCAGCGGAGCAGGCGGAGCUGCAGCAGCGGCUGGAGACGGCACGCAGGGAGGCGGUGGCGGCGGAGGCGGAGGCGGCAGCGGCAGCCCAGCAAGCGGCCGCUGCCCAGGCUGCUACUGCUGCUGCUGCCGCUGUUGGCGUGCCGCAGCAGCAGGAGGAGGGCGGCGAUGGCAGCCCGCUGAAUGCCCUGGGCGCACUGGGUCUGGUGGUGGGCGGCGGUCUGGCUGGCUAUGUGGGGGUGCUGAAGAGCAACAAGGAGUCCAGCGAGAAGUCCCUGUCCGCCUCGCUCCGCUCCGAGCAGCAGCAGGUGGCCGACCUGAGGGUGCGGGUGGAGGCGGCGGCGGCGGCGCUGGAGCGGGAGAGGGGGCUGGUGUCGCGACUGCAGACCGAGAUGCGGGCUGCGGAGCAGAACAGCGCGCAGAUGGUGCAGCUGGAGCGGUCGGAGAAGGAGGCGGCGCAGCGCAGUGCGCGACUGAGUGAGGAGGCGCUGCAGCUGGAGAGGCAGCUGGUGGAGGCGGCGAGGCGCGAGGCAGCCGCCGCCUCCGAGCUCACCUCGGCUGAGAAGGCGGCUCGGUUCGCAGCGGAGGCUGAGGCGCGGGCGCUGGCUGAGAGCCUGGCGGCGUCGGAGCGGCAACUGGAGAGCGAGAGGGAGCUGGCCAGAAGGGUGGGCAAGGAGGCCCAGGACGCCCUCUCCAAGCUUCGGUUGGCGCAGGAGGCUGCGGGGCGGGGUGUGCUGGAGUCCGCUCGCCUGACUGCCCAGCUGGAGGGCGAGGUGGCGGGGCGGCAGCAGGCGGAGGAGCAGCUGGGACAGCUGCGGGAGCGGCUGGGGCAGGCGGAUGCCAGGAUUGCGGAGCAGGAGGCGGCGCUGGGUGAGGCUGCCCAGCAGUCGCAGUCGCUGACCGCUGCCAUGCGGGUGCUGAGGGAGCAGGCGGAGGGGCACAGCGCGGCGGCGGCGAGGGAGGCGGCGGCGGCGAGGGAGGCGCGUGAGGAGCUGGAGGCGCGGCUGGGGCAGCUGGGCAAGCAGCUGCAGGAGGAGCACGACGCGCUGUCCCGGGCCCGCUCCGAGCAGUCCCGCCUGCGGGCCGCCCUGGUGGAGAGCCAGCAGCGGGCCGCGGGGCUGGAGGAGGAGCUGCGGGGGGCGCGGGGGGAGAGCGAGAUGCUGCAGGGACAGGUUCGCGAGUUGCAGUCCACCGCAUCCUUGCUGGAGGGUCGCCUGGCUGAGGCAUCCGCCUCCGCCGCCUCCUCCGCCUCCGAAGCCGCCGAUCUGCGCUCGCAGCUCUCCACCCUGGGUGGCCAGCUAUCCGGCCUCCAGGGGGAGCUAGCGGAGGAACGACGUGUCGCGGCGCAGCGCGCAGCAGAGAUGGAGGAGCUACGCGCGCGCUACCGUUCAGCCCUGGGUGCCCUGGAGGGUAGUCAGGCUGACGUGGCAGCACUCCGCGCCGAACGAGACGACCUGCAAGCGGCUUUGACCGCCCUUCGCGGCGACCUCGCGGCUUCCGAGGCAGGACGCCAGGCAGCGGAGGCGGCGGCGGCAGAUACCGCGGCUCAGCUGGCCGCCAGCAGGCAGCGCGGUGCGGAGCUGGAGUCGGCGGUUGGGGAGGCGCAGGCAGCGGUUCGGCAGGCGGCAGAGGCGUACGGCAGGGAUAUGGGCGCCGCGAGGGGUCGGAUUGCCGGGCUGGAGGCGGAGAGGGAGGCGGAGCGGGGUGCGGCGGUGGAGCGGGAGAGGCAGUUGAGUGAGCGGUUGGAGCAGAUUGGUCGGCAGCUGGAGCAGGCGGAGGCUGCUGCCGCCGCUGCCGCCGCCGCCCAGUCGGCGAGCGACGCCGCCCGAGUGGCUACCGCGGCGCAGCUGAGCGCGGUUCGUGCGGAGGCGGCGGCGGCGCAGCAGACCGCCGCCAAGUGUCUUGCGGAGCUGGAGGAGGAGCGGGUGGCGCGGAGGGAGGCGGAGGCGCAACUGGGCCGAGUGCAGGCACGACUGGACGACGUGCUCGCCAAGAGUGACGAGUACCGCCGCAACACGGAGGACAACGUUCACGAACUCCGCGAGCAGUUUAACGAACUCAAGGCGCGCAAGGUGGCAAAGCAGCAGCAGCGUAAGGCCCAACAGCUCAUGGCAGGACCCAACGGUAACGCCAACCGUGCUAACGGUAACGGUAAUGGCAACGGCAAGGUCGUUGGUGCGAACGGCUCGGGAGCGGAGGCGGUGGCGACGGUUGCGGCGGUUGCUGCUGCGGCGGCGGUGGCGGCCACGGCGGCUGCUGCUCGAGAGGAGGAGGAGAAGGCUGCCGCUGCUGGUGCGGCUGGUGCGCAGGCUGCUGCUGCGGCAACCGUUGCGGCGGCACCGGAGAGCGGCGAGAAUACUACCACUUCCGAGAACAAGAACAAUGACAAGGAGGCAGCUGCUGCCGGCGCGGUAUCAGACGCUGAGGCGGAGGGUGCUCAAGAGCCCGCUGAGGUGUUGCUGAGCGGUCAGGCGGAGGAGGAGGGAGCGGCUCCGGCUGCUGAGGUGGUUGCCGGUGCCGGUGCUGCGGCUGCUGCGGCUGGCUCGGAGGCGGCUGAGGCGGGUGGUAAUGAGCUGGUGUCCGCAGUCGCUGCGGGUCCGAGUGCGGGUGCGACAGGUGCGGCGGGCGGCAGCGGCUCGGGUGGCAAGAGGAGCAGGAAGGGUAGGAAGUGAGGCUUGACGUGUGAGAGAGGCUGAGGGUGCUGAGGCUGGAACUGCAGGUGCCGUGGAGGGCGUUGCGAGGGAGGUUUGGAGAGGAGGAGAAGUGCAUGGUGAUUUGGCGGAGAAGUGGGGAACAGGAGGGUUGCAGAGCGGCAGGCGGCUUAAGCUGUAAGGUGUCAGCCUACUUGAAUGAGACAAUGGAUUGAAAGUGGGAGCAACAGAGCGAGGGUCGUAUCUGGUAGUAUCAUCAUAGCUUGUCUGUUGCGUUGGACGGGCGUUAGUUGUGCGGCAUGAGUGAGACCCGUGGGUCCGUCUGAGAGUAAGGCGAGGAAGAUGUAUGGGGCUGAGAUAGACUGAGAAGCAGGAUGAGAGGGUGUUGAUGGAUGGGAGUGGCUGGCAACUGGAAUGAUCCGUGCAUGCAGCGGCUUGAUGAGAGGGCAUGGAUUGAUGAGAGGGGCUGGCAACCGGGGCGUUCUGUGCAUGCAGCGAUGUGACCUCGGGAAGGGGUUCUAAACGGUAGCAGUUCCGAAUAAUGGAACAGAGAUGCAACGGAGACGUAUGCAGAUGUCGGUAGGUCACACUCGGGACACUCGGCUAUGGGGUUGCUUUGAGUGCUGGGUACUGUGGACGGCACCCCAUGUUGCCCCAAUCAGCAAGCAGAUGCCCACUGCACGGCGUGUAAGCACAUGCUACGUAUCCCUGACGUGUGGAUUCGUCAGGGGCUCCCCUGGUACCGGUAUUACCCCGGUCAGGCCGCACGAGGGGAGUAAGGAGCCCUCGCGCUGAGAAUGCGGCUGCCGUUGUUGGGUGCGCUUGCUGACACUUCUUGUCAGAAUAAACACGCGGCUUUAAGUAUUCCUAAAAGAUUAUCCCCAG